CUCCUGCAUGCAUUAUACUUUUACAUUCACCGGCAGGCAGCUGGCUGUUUUAUCAAAUCAAAUAAUCAUAAUUAUAUUAGCGCAUCGAUAAGCAAUCAUAUUUAAUUGUUUACUAAAUAAAUUAAGCAUGAAAAAUUGCUGAUAGUGAGAUAUGCAAAAUGCGCCUGAAAAUCGAAUAUGGAAAACCAGUUUGUAGAAAGUUGUUGAAUGCAAAAGAGUGGACUUCACGGCAAUCGAGGCGUCACGCUAUAUAUAAUAUAAUAUAAACCUAUAUAGAUAUAUUGGUAUAUACAUAUAUGAAUGAGUUUUUGCGUGUGUGUAUAGUAUCGCUAACAGUUUUUUGUUUAUGAUAAAAUGUUUAAAUCGAAAACAUUUCGUAUAAAUCACGAUAUAGAUAAAAAGCCAAAAGUACAUGAACUUUGGUAUGAGCCCAAAAGAAUACGCUGGAUAAAAUUUUUUACUAUACCACUAGUCAUCGCUUUCUCAUUGCUUUUGGUGUUGAGUAAUGUGAAUUUCUCGGGUGAGUCAUAUGAGCUCACUGUACCACCUUCAGGUGAAAGGCUUACAAAUGUCAUACAAACGCCAACAAAGGAAGUAAUCACUGCUGCUAAUAUACCGAUGGAGCAAGCUAAACUUGUCACUAUAGAAAGUGAUGACGAAAAACAAGAAGGGAAUGGCGGAGUAGAUACUGCAGUGCAGUACUUGAACGAGGCACAAGCAGUAGCGACAGCCACCGGCUUCCAAUGCAAAGACAACAACUCCUGUAAGACUCUAAUAUGCUCGGGUGGACCGAUACAUAUGCUCCAAAUUGAGUUCGAAUACUAUAUAGAUUGGUGCGGAAAUAUAUCUUUUGACGUCAUCAUAGAGAAUUGCACUUUCAACAAAAAUACCAUAGAGAGAUACACAUUGUCAGGAAAUUUCAAGCUAUCCACUUUAACAAUACGAAACUGCACACUCGACACGAUUCUCGAUAAUGCUUUCAACUACCAAUCGGUAAAUAAACUGACGAAUUUAACAUUUGUUGGUGUACAAUUGAAAGCUUUGAACGCACAGACGUUUUUUGGUUUGGCAACUGUGGAAAAUUUCAAACUAUUCAAUGUGCUUAAGAAGGACACUCUGCCUUUGAAGGCCAAUCAUUUCUUGCAACCAAUGGCAGCGAGUCUCAACAACUUAGUGUUGCAACAAACAGAGGAAUCAUGUUGUUCCAACACCAUAUAUGAUCCCACUGAGUGGUUGGGUGGUACCAGCACCACCGCCUACAGUAAACUGUUGUAUGUCGACUUGAGUGGCACGAAUUUUAACGAUAAACUUAACGGUAAUACAUUUGCAAAACUCUCAGCUGUGCAAGAACUUCGGCUGGUCAAUUGCAGUUUGAGCACAAUCGCCGAAAAAGUAUUCAAUGGCAUUUUGUCGACACUAAAAUCGCUCGAUUUGCGAUAUAACCAAUUACAAACGUUGGACGGUGAAUUUCUAGCCACUGCUAUUACUAAGGGAAUUAGUAUAGAGUUAGGGUGGAAUAUGUGGAGAUGCGAUUGUGACAAUAUGGAAAUAAUUGAAGGCAUGAAGCAAGUAGAAAAUAAUUUCGCAGCAGAUACAGUAUGUGCAACGCCAACAGAAUUGGCAGGCAUACAAAUCAGUUCGUCACAAAUAAGCUGUUAUAACAAAACACAACUUACAACAGUUUUAACAACCGUAAUGUCCAUAGCAGCGACUACAACUACAACUAAAACUUUUACCGACGAAACCACAUUAGCAACCACUGAGUCUACACCAACAACUUCUACGACUAUCACCGACAACUCAACCUUAAUGACUUCAGCUACAAUGACAGAAACGAUAGUAGAUAAAACGAUUUCUGCAACAACACCCAAAGCUACUAACAUUAUAAGUACAUCAAUAGCAAGAACUAGUACAACUGUCACACCACCUGCAUCACUAAUGACCUCCACGAUUGAAGACGAGUCAACCAAAGAAAGAUUAGAACCUUAUCGACAACUACACCAAACUAAUCGACACAACAAACGACAAUACAACCUUAAUAUUUUUCUGGGAACAACAACAAUACCAAUUUACAAUACGGAAACAACAAAGGGAACUGAAAAUACAACGAUUAGUUUUCCCUAUACGACCGUGAUCUCUAGCAGUAUGGCUACAAUUAAACCACCAAUGAAGACUUGCUUUGAAAAUAAAGACCCAAAGUAUUUAACUUGCAGCAGUACCACAGCCGUUAAGAUUUGCGACUAUGACGUUACUUUCAAUGUGGUUCCGAUAUCAUCGCGAAGUGUACAACUGCAAAUCGGUAGCGGUGCACAUAGUUUACAAGUGAUCUAUUUUCAGGUGUUGAACAACAGUUUAAAUAAGGAGGUCGAGAUCGACAAUAAUAGCAAAAUGUUGUCGAUAAUUUAGCGCAAAAGAAGUUAUACCUUCUGUCUCAUACCAAAGAAUCAAACGUGUACCUCACCAUUUAAUUGCCGUUCAGCGCACUUGCCACAAGCUCCAGCAUGGUUGAAGUAUAACGAUGUUGCUUUUUGCACGAUCGCCAUACUCGUAACUAUUGUUUGCCAUUUAGGGGUGGCAGCAAUAUAUUUUCUACUCCGUUGGCGGCCAACUUUAUUGUAUGGCAAUAAACGUUUGCAUCGUAUUGCUUCCACAACGCACAAAGUGCUACUAUUCCCGAAACCGAAUUGCACAUCUUUCAAAAGUGCUCGCAAAAUGCAUUCAUCGAUUAGUGAUUCAUUGACACCGGAGAAUUAUUUGAAUAUUAACUCAUACGAUUAUAUGCAGUACUUCAAAGAUAUCGAGUUGAAGAAACAACGUAGAGUGGCAUACAUUUCGUGAAUCAGCCUCCUUUACAUCGAGCCCUCUGCAUUGCCACCAAACGUUGGUGGCGCUGCAACACAUUGUUACGAUCGUAUGAGCUACACCAGUGGUUAUAUACCAAUUCGACAGCCCUCAGAACAAUCGACAGUAGUAAUGGAAGACAUGCCACAACAGCAGCUUAUACGUAGGUGUGCAGAGACGAAGUUAACUCCAGAGCCAGAAUACGAAAGCUAUUAUUAUCAAGAGCUUUAUUAA